CCCGCACUCCGGUCCGUGUGUUGGAGGUGGCCGGGGGGUGGGAGGGUUACAGUGUGUGUCGGUGGUGUAUCGCAGCCCAGAGGGCGAGCGCUUCUCCCGUGAGUGGCCGGAUCGCUAGCAGCUCGCCCCCCCACAUCACGCACACCCCUCCUGUCCUAUUGCAAAAAAAAACUCCCUUUGCAAAUUGCAAUCUGCCAGAGCGGCUCAUCGUGCGGCUGUGGUCUGCGAGGAUUCCUGCCCAGGACUGGGUUGUUGCAGCGGGUCAGAGAAACAGCCCGGUGUGUGUGUGUUUGCUCGGGGCUAGUGUGGUUUUGCAGCACCGUGCUUCACAUGGGUGGUGCUCCAGAGGGAAUGAGAUGGUGAGGAUUGGCUUGGGCUCAGAUUGCUGUCGUUUUUGCUGCUGUGCGUUUGCUGGCUGAUUGAGAUCCCCGUCACUGUGCCAUGGCAAAGAGCGCCGAGGUGAAGCUGGCUGUCUUUGGGAGAGCCGGCGUGGGCAAGUCAGCUAUCGUGGUCAGGUUUCUCACCAAGAGAUUCAUCUGGGAAUAUGAUCCUACAUUGGAAUCAACCUAUCGCCAUCAAGCCACCAUCGAUGAUGAAGUGAUUUCCAUGGAAAUCUUAGACACUGCUGGGCAGGAAGACGUCGUUCAGAGGGAGAGCCACAUGCGUUGGGCAGAGGCCUUCAUCUUGGUUUACGACAUCACGGACCGGAUCAGUUUUGAGGAGGUAAUUUCGUUGAAGAACUUUCUGGACGAGAUCAAGAAGCCCAAAAACGUGACGCUCAUCCUGGUGGGCAACAAGGCCGACCUGGACCACUCCAGGCAGGUUGCCACGGAGGAAGGGGAGAAGGUGGCGACAGAAAUGGCCUGCGCUUUCUACGAGUGCUCGGCCUGCACCGGAGAGGGCAACAUCAACGAAGCCUUCUACGAACUGUGCCGCGAGGUGAGGCGCCGCAAAAUGAUCCAGGGCAAGACCCGGCGGAGAAGCUCCACCACUCACGUCAAGCAGGCCAUCAACAAAAUGCUGACCAAGAUCAGCAGCUAAAUCCCCCGCGCGGGGAAACUCUCUCUGAGAACUGAGGAGAAACUGCAGCCGCGUGAUAGAAAACAGCUGAGGGUGUUAGCUUCCCAAAGUCACCUGAAUGGACUAAACCAAGCAUCAUUCUGACAGGGAAAAAAAAAAUGGUGUACGAGUCACAGAGUCAUUCAGGCCCUUCUGCCCAACUCCAAGAUGUCCCAUCUAAGUUAGUCCAACCUGCACAUAUUUGCUCCAUAUUCCAUCAAACCUUUCCUAUCCAUGAACCUGUCCACAAGUCUUUUCAUAGAAACAUAGAAACAAACAUAGAAAAUAGUUUUGUCGGAGUAGGCCAUUAGACCCUUCGAGCCUGCACCGCCAUUCAAUAUGACCAUGGCUGAUCAUCCAACUCAGUAUCCUGUCCCCUCCAUACCCCCCCGAUCCCUUUAGCCACAAGGGCCACACCUAACUCCCUCUUAAAUAUAGCCAAUGAACUGGCCUCAACUACCUUCUGUGGCAGAGAAUUCCAGAGAUUCACCUCUCUCUGUCAAAAUGUUCUAAUCUUGGUCCUAAAAGAUUUCCCCCUUAUCCUUAAACUGUGACCCCUUGUUCUGGACUUCCCCAACAUCGGGAACAAUCUUCCUGCAUCUAGCCUGUUCAACCCCUUAAGAAUUUUGUACGUUUCUAUAAGAUCCCCCCUAUAAGAUCCAAGAUUCAUAAGUUGUACGGGCAGAAUUAGGCCAUUCGGCCCAUCAAGUCUGCUCCACCAUUCAAUCGUGGCUGACCUAUCUCUCCCUCUCAGCCCCAUUCUCCUGCCUUCUACCCAUAACUCGUGACACCCAUACCAAUCAAGAAAGCCUUUUAAAGGCUGUUAUAAUACCUGCCUCAACUACCUCUGGCAGCUCGUUCCAUAUACCCACUGCCUUUUGUGUGAAAAAGUUCCUAUCAUAUCUUUCCCCUCUCAGCUUAAACCUAUGCCCUCUGAUUCUUGAUUCCCUUACCCUGGGUAAAAGACUCCGUCCCCUCACCCUAUCUAUCUAUUCCCCUCAUGUUCUAUAAUAUAUUACCAUGUAUAAGAGUGUGUGUCAAACUAAUAACCCUUGUGUACAGGUUUACUGAUUCAUUCCAAGGUGAAGCGGGCUAAAGUGAAAUUGUAAAACCACUUUGGGUUUUGAAACCUUUUCACAGGUGCACUCAUUUUAAGUUCUAUUGCAGUGUUGUGGGCCUGGAACACACUGCCACGGGUGGUGAUGGAGGCAGAUACAAUAGUGGUGUUUAAGAGGCUUUUAGAUCGGCCAUGCAAGUGCAGGGAAUAGAGGGAUAUAGAUCCCGUACAGGCAGAUGUGAUCAGUUUAACGGAACCAUGUUCGACACAAACAUUGUGGGCCAAAGGGCCUGUUGCUGUGUUAUACUAUUUAGUUUAGAAAUACAGUGUGGAAACAGCCCCUUCGGCCCAUCGAGUCCAUGCUGACCCAUCGAUUAUCCGUACACUAGUUCUAUCCUCCACACUAGGGAAAAUGUACAGGAUCCAAUUAACCUACAAACCUGCACGUCUUUGGAAUGUGGGAGGAAACCGGAGCACCCGGAGGAAACCCAUGAGGUCACGGGGAGAAGGUGAAAACUACACACACACACACGCUCACGCACACACACACGGAUACACACACACACACACACACAUACACACAGCUCCCAAGGUCUGGAUUGAACCGGGGUCCCUGACGCUGUAAGGCAACAGCUCAACCGCUGUGCCACUGUGCUGCCCUUCAACGUUCCAAUUAAGUUUUCCCGUUCCCCUUGGAAUUAAACGUGUGAGAGUGUAGGGAACAUGAUUCCUUCACCAGCAGAUGGAGAUCAAGUUUACCUGGUGGUGGUAAGGACAGGUCUACAGAUCAGGUUGGGCCUGGAGUCAGUUCAUGGUCCGCUCUGGGGCAGCUGAGCUCAGGAGACAGCCUCGUGAGAAGGUUCCUUUGGCACACACUCCCAAUUACUUCAGAGUCGGCCACUCGCCAUAGGUGUGAAUGUUUGCUCAUUUAGAGGAAGGGAUUGAAUUUGCCUGCCUGUCUGUCCCCCCACCCCCACCCCGCCUUUCCCUAUGCCAACCACCCCUCCCUUCAUACCCCCAUCCAACCAGGCUCAAACCAAUGACCAGAGAACUUCUUCACUGCCGUGAAAACUGGUCACAAAUAAGGGCAAUCAGCUCCGAUGGAAUUGGAUUCUUGGCUCCCACUAGAGACAACACAUAGAACAGUACAGCACAGGAGCAGGUCCAUCGGCCCGCAGUGUCUGUGUUGAACUUGAUGUCAAGAUCAACUCUUACCUGCCUGCACCUAACCCAUAUCCCUUCAUUCCCUGCAUAACCAUGUUCCUAUCUAAAAACCUCUUCAAAUGCCACUGUUAUAUCCGCUUGCACCACCACCCCCAGGCAGAGCAUCCCAGGCACCCAUCACCCUCUGUGUAAUAAAAAACUUGGCCUGCGCAUCUUUAAACUUUGCCCUUCUCACCUUGAACCUAUGCCCUCGAAUACUUGAAUUUCCAUCCUGGGAAAAAAGGUUUUGACUGUCUAUCCUUUUUAUGCCUCCUAUAAUUGUAAACACUUGUGUCAGGACUCACCCUCAACCUCCAACGCUGCAGAGAAAACAAUCCCAAGUCUGACCAGCCACUUCUUCUAGCUAACACCUUCCAAUCCAGGCAUCAUUCUGGUUAACCUCUCCCACACCCUCUCCAAAGCCUCCACAUCCUUCCUGUAAAUGGGGCGAUCAGAACUGCACACAAUGCUCCAAAUGAGGCCUGAGCAACGUCCUAUAGAGCUGGACCUUGUAAGGGCAGGGUGAUGAAUUGGACAAGAUCUUUGUUGUACAUUGAUGUAAUACCCACUAAUAAACGGAGAGAGGAACGAUUUUUAGAUUGCAAAUAUAUGUGAGCUGCUUUCAAAUCUUCAGAUAGCAUUGGGUCUUUUUAUUGAAUACCGUGUUGGUUUAUUAGGUCCCGCAAAUCUGCAGCUUGUUUAUCGAAGGUUUUGCUGAUAAAAUCUAGUUUAUGCUUUGCUUGGAAAUACUGUCAGUCCUUUUAAUAGAAUCAGCUGGAGUUUACUAUUAAAUCUAAGCUUGGCUAUCUCACAUCUGCUGCUUACCCACCACUGUGUACAAUGAAUGCAAGGAUGACGGCUUUUGUUAGUUGAUGUUGCGGUGACUCAAGAUUCAAACGAUUACAUUAAAUAAAUUAAUCAGUUAUUAAAGUAGCAAACAAGUGCUAAAAAUAUAGAAGGUUUUUAUGUUACAUGUAAUCUUUCCACAUGUUCUUUUUUCCCCAUGGGAAGUAAAUUUAUUGGUUGUUUAAAAAUAAAUGUGCUCAAUGAUUUUAGUUAAGGAAGUCCAAAUGAAUUAAAACGCAAAGGUAAUGUUCUUACCAAGUCCCGCUGAUUACAAAUUUAAUACUUUACAAAUUCAGAAUUAAGUGGCACGAUUUUGAAAAUGGGGUAAAAAGAAAGUGUUGGAGGAACUUGUGUAGGAAGGAACUGCAGAUGCUGGUUUAAAACGAAGGGAGACACAAAAAGCUGGAGUAAUUCACCGGGACAGGCAGCAUCUCUGGAGGGAAGGAAUGGGUGAUGUGUCGGGUCGAGACCCUUCAGACUGAAGGUCAUGGGAAAGGGAAACGAGAGAUAUCGUCACCCAUCCCUUCUCUCCAGGAAUGUUGGAGGAACUUAGCAGGCCAUGGAGUCAUACAGUGUGGAAACAGGCCCUUCGACCCGACCUGCCCACACCGAACAACAUGCCUCAUCUACACUAGUCCCACCUGCAUGAGUUUGGCCCAUAUCCCUCUAAGCCCAUCCUGUGUUCCCGUAAUAUUAAAAAUAUCUUAUCAUGUACCUGUCCAAAUGUUUCUUAAGCAUUGUGAUAGUGCCUGCCUCAACUGCCUCCGGCAGAUCGUUCCAUACACCCACCGCCGUUUGUGCUAAACAAUGGCCCUUCAGUUCCCCAGGCUCUCAGGGUCAGGCAGCAUCUAUGGAGGGAGCAGGCAGAUUACUUUUCUGGUCAGGACCCCUCUUCAGAUCAGUCUGAAGUGGGGUCCCAACCGAAAACUGUCCAUGUCCCUCUACAGAUGCAGCCUGACCAGCUGAGCUCCUCCCAAAGAGUUCUUUGCUCAAAAUUCCAGCAUCUGCAGUCUCCUGUGUUCCCAUAAAUAUUAAAAAUGUCUUGUCAUUUAUUUUUUCUGCAGUAAAAAAAUGUCCCUGUGCACAAUUGAUUCACUUCUCCAAUGCAUUCCAAGUUUUGAAUACUGAACAAAUGUACAAUAGAUGUCUCCUGGUAUAUAUUUACUGACUCAUCAUUGUUGUAACCGGCUUUGUCAUGUAAAAUAAAUCCUGAAAUAUUUGCUAUUCUUCAAAACGAUUGACACAUUUC